GAUGUGUAUUUCAUUGUCAUCAUCUUCAUCUUUUUCUCUGUAAUUCCAAAUACCCAAUUUCAAUUUCUCACUGAAAAAUCCAAAAAAUUAAAAAAAAUUAUCUACAGAAAAGUAAGCAGAAUUGAUUUUUGAUUGUAAUGGAGAAAUCUGGUUAUGGCCGUGAUGGGAUAUACAGAUCUCUUAGACCUCCUCUGUUUUAUCCAAAGGAUGAAAAACUAUCUAUGGUUUCUUUUUUAUUCAGAAACUCCUCAUCUUACCCUGAAAAACCUGCGUUUUUUGAUGCUGAUAAUGGUGAAACUUUAUCUUUUUCUCAGUUCAAAUCUAUGGUGUCUAGAAUCUCUCAUGGACUUAUUCACCAAAUGGGUAUCAAGAAAAAUGACGUUGUUUUGAUAUUUGCCCCAAAUUCUGUUCAAUUUCCUCUAAGUUUCUUUGGGGUUAUUGCUAUUGGUGCCAUUGCUACAACUGUUAAUCCUAUGUAUACUGUUUCUGAACUUUCUAAGCAAAUUAAAGAUUGUAAACCAAAGCUUAUUAUUACUUCUCCUGAAUUGUUUGAUAAGGUUAAUAGGUUUAAUUUGCCUAUUUUGCUUUUGGGUCACCCAGGAAAUUUGAAUUCGAAUAACUCGGGUGUUGUAAGGUUUACUGAGCUAGUGGGUAAAGCUGGGUAUUUUGAUUUGGAUAAAACUGUGAUAAAACAAACUGAUACUGCUGCAUUGUUGUAUUCUUCGGGUACAACGGGGGUUAGUAAAGGUGUAGUUUUAACUCAUAGGAAUUUCAUAUCGGCGGCUUUAAUGGUGACUAGUGAUCAAGAGUUGGCUGGGGAAAUGCAUAAUGUGUAUUUGUGUGUUUUGCCUAUGUUUCACGUGUUUGGUCUUGCUGUUAUUAUGUAUGCACAGUUGCAGAGGGGUAAUGCUAUUGUAUCUAUGGCGAAAUUUGAUUUGGAAACGCUUUUGAAGAAUGUUGAUAAGUAUAGAGUGAGUCAUUUAUGGAUUGUACCUCCGAUUGUUUUAGCAUUGGCUAAGAAUCCUGUGGUGAAGAAGUAUAAUUUAACGUCGAUAAAGCAAAUUGGAUCCGGGGCUGCACCUUUAGGGAAGGAUUUGAUGGAGGAUUGCGCUAAGAACUUCCCUCAGGCUGUUGUUAUGCAGGGAUACGGUAUGACAGAAACCUGUGGAAUUGUUUCAAUGGAGAAUAUGUAUGCAGGUCCUAGACAUACAGGAUCAGCAGGGACUCUAGCUUCUGGAGUUGAAGCUCAAAUAGUAAGUGUUGAUAAAUCAAAGCCUCUUCCUCCUGGACAAUUAGGUGAAAUAUGGGUGCGUGGUCCCAACAUGAUGAAAGGCUAUUUCAACAAUCCACAGGCCACAAAGCUCACUAUAGAUAAUCAGGGCUGGGUUCAUACAGGAGAUCUUGGGUACUUUACUGAGGAUGGAUUGCUUUAUGUCGUUGACAGGAUCAAAGAGCUCAUCAAGUACAAAGGUUUUCAGGUUGCACCAGCAGAGCUUGAAGGUCUACUUGUUUCUCAUCCUGAAAUAUUAGAUGCUGUUGUUAUCCCGUUUCCUGAUGCUGAAGCUGGUGAGGUUCCGGUUGCAUAUGUUGUUCGCUCUCCUAAUAGCUCUCUGACUGAAGAAGAUGUUCAGAAGUUCAUUGCGGAGCAGGUUGCACCUUUCAAAAGAUUGAGGAAGGUAACAUUCAUAAACAGUGUUCCUAAGUCAGCUGCUGGGAAAAUCCUAAGAAGAGAACUAAUCGAUAAGGUUCGUUCAAAAAUAUAAGAUUUGUACCCGAUACCUGUGCUGGUGGGAGCUAGCAAGUACCUGCAGAUUUAGUCAAGGUGCACACAAACUGGCCCAAACACCAUGGUUAUAUUAUAAAAUAAGUAAUGGUAAGAUUUGCAUAGUUUGCUCAUUAGAUGUAAAAAGCACAUCCAUCUACUGUAUUUUUUUCAAAUUGUAACAGAAUUGUAUGAAUAAUGUGAAUGUGAAAUUACAAGUGAUUUGCAUAAUAAAAGAUACACACUUUG